AUGAUCGCUUUGAGCGGCGUCAGGAACAUCGACACACCUCCUCCCAACUUACUUCGUCACCUCAACCAGCCUGAGCCAACCAACCACAACCGCCAUGAAACAACAUCCAAGGGCGAUGGAAACAAAUCGCAUCUAGCAUCGCGCCUGGCUUACCUAUGCAUUCAAACAUCGCACAAACGAACAGUCUCAUGUGCGAUAAGAAAUUACCGCCCUGUCACGCUGCUCGAUUUUAGCCAGACGCGGAGGUUUGACCAUGCCCCUGAUAAGAUGUCGCCCCCAUAUUGGACUGGCUCUCCCUGCUCAGAUCAAUCCCGCCCUGCCGCCGCCACUGUGCUUAUUUCACUGCAGUGA